AUGGAUAGUAGAUUUAAUAAGUUUUAUAACGCAUUUAAGCUUCUUGGAGUAGAGGUGGGGGCCAGUUUUAAAGAAAUUAAAUCGUCUUUCCGUAGCCUAGCGAAGAAAACUCAUCCGGAUAAGAAUAGAGGAGGGGAUGAAAAAUUGGCCCACGAAAACUUUACAAUAUUAAGGGAUUCCUAUUUGCUUUUGUGUAAUGAAGUAGAAAGAAAGCAGUUCGAGAAGGAAUGGGCUUCGUUUAACAGUAACAAUAUAUCCCAGAAAUAUGAGGGAAAAGCAAAUAAUCAUUGUUCACUAAAUUUCAAUGCUUCAGAAGCAAAGAAAUUACCGAAAAAAGGAAGUAACGACAAAAUACGUUUCGAAUCAUUAAAUAAAGAAUCGAUACAUUUGAUUAAUGCAUUUAAAGACCGUUUCAAACCAAGAAUCGUUAAAAUACACAAGGGAAUUAGUAAACAGAAUUUGAGAGGUGCGCUAAAUCACGCACACAUAGACAAAAUAGUAGAUAAAUUCAGCGAAUUUGAAAAAAUGGUAGUCUUUAAACUUGCCGAAAUAAUACAAACAUACAAUAAUUGA